GACCAGCGCCUUCGCGCGAGGACUCUCUCGGCGCUUGAAUUUGGACCGACUAAAUUCCCAUAACCCCUCCGCCCUCUCUCGACCGUCAUACUGCUCCACACCAACACCUCGGCAACAUGGAACGACUACAGGGAUCAUGGGCCUGGGUCAAAAACCGCCUGCCCAAUCCCUUCAAGCGCGGCAAACCGCAUUUCAACUUCAUCACUACUCACUACACUUACAUGCUUGGCAUGACCAUACUGGGCUCCAUCAUGAUCUACCCUGCCGGUGUCAUGUCGUACAUCGACGCUCUCUUCUUUGCCGCCGGUGCAGCGACUCAGAGUGGCCUGAACACCAUCGACGUCAACAAACUGCACACAUAUCAGCAGGUUGUGCUCUACUUCAUGGCUUGUCUCGCAAAUCCCAUCUUCAUCAACACCUGCGUCGUCUUCAUCCGACUGUACUGGUUUGAGCAACGUUUCGAUCAUAUAGUCAGGGAGGCCCGCAAUCAACGUCGCACGCGAACAAGGUCGCGCACCGUUAGCGAAUCACGAGAGGACCCAGAUCUAGGACGCGUCGAGAUGGGAGUCAAUGGCCGUAAAAUUACCGUCCUGCAUCAUACCACGAAACCCAACGGCAUGAGUGCUAGGAGCGCCAAUGCUAAGGUCAACGGCAUGAAUGAAAAGGAACGCAUUGAACACCUGGCAGGCAGCUCAGCAGAAACUUACGGCAGCACUUCUGAAAGUGCAGAGUCUAGUGAAAAAAGAGAGUCGGAUUCUGGCGACGGAGAUGAGGAAGAUGCCAUCAACAAAGACGAGGGAGUUGCGCCAGACGUCAUAGUGACCCAGGAGGAGGAUAAGAACGACACCGCCGAAAAAUCGUCAGAUGAGGAGCCUGCUGAACAGACUUGGCUUGGCCGUAAUCCAUCGCUGAAACGAGAGAUCACAUUCGCGGAUCAGGUCAAACCUUCUGCACACAGACGACAAGCUUCCAACCUCGAGUCAGUGCCUGAACGACCAAAGCCGGCGCGCUUGGAAACAGAGCAUCACAUUGCUUUCCUGGAGAGACAGAGAAAUGUCAAGGAUCAACAGACUCUGCGCAUUCCCAAUCCUAGAGAAUUCGAUCGUGGCGACCAGCCUCAUGAAGUUGAAUCUGACGAGGAAAUCGAAGGUCUGAAUCGCCAGAUGACAAGAAACACUCUGCCAUCUUCACCACCAUUACGCGCGCGGUCGUUUUCUCAAGCCCAGACGGCCGAGCUGAAUGGUGAUGAUCAUCCAGUCAGACGAGGUAUCAUUAUAGAUGAGCCCGAACGCCCACAACGCGACCGACAACCGUCCACGUCUUCGAGUGAAGGGCGUUCACACCGUUUUAACAUACUUGCACCCCUUCGCAACUUCCGAAGCAGACAGCGUGGAGAAAGUACCACAUUUGGUCGUUCCCUGAGCGGAUUUACCAACAGAACUUUCAGUUUUACAAAAAGUCAAGACAGAGACAUGUCAGAUCCCAUGCCAUAUCUGAGUUGGCAACCGACUAUUGGUCGUAACUCGCAAUUCGUGGAUCUUAGUGAGGCGCAGCGAGAGGAAUUGGGAGGUAUUGAAUACAGAGCUCUCAAGACGCUGGCGCUGGUGCUUGUGUGUUACUUCAUCGGCUUCCAUCUUCUUGGUGUCAUCGUUUUCGUUCCCUGGAUUCUCGAGAGCAACAAGUACGGUAACGUUGUCACCUCCAUUGGUCAGAGCAGGACGUGGUGGGGUAUUUUUACACCUGCCUCCAUGUUCAAUGAUCUUGGGUUUACCCUCACCCCGGACAGCAUGAUCUCAUUUCAGACAGCCGUCAUGCCUUUGUUAUUCGGCUCAUUUCUAAUCAUCAUCGGCAACACUGGCUUCCCAUGCAUGCUUCGAUUCGUCAUCUGGCUUGCUUCAAAGCUUGUUCCUCGCGGUAGCGGAAUCUGGGAAGAGUUGCGUUUCCUGCUGGAUCACCCGCGCCGUUGUUUCACCCUGCUGUUCCCGUCUAAGGCCAAUUGGUGGCUAUUCGGAGUUCUCGUUGGCCUGAACGCUGUCGAUCUGAUCUUCUUCAUUAUCCUAGAUCUCAAUGACGAGACGGUCACUUCUCUAUCUCCAGGAUUCCGGGUACUGAACGGGUGGUUCCAGGCUGCUUCUACUCGAACAGCUGGAUUUGCUUCCGUCAACCUGGCAGAUCUUCAUCCAGCUAUUCAGGUCUCCUAUCUGAUUAUGAUGUAUAUCUCUGUCUUUCCGGUGGCCAUCUCAGUUCGCAGGACCAACGUUUACGAAGAGAAGUCCCUCGGAAUAUUUGCAGGAGAAGAAGAGGACGAUGAGGAGAAUCGUAGCUACGUCGGACAGCAUUUGCGUCGACAACUGAGUUUCGAUUUGUGGUAUAUUUUCUUGGGCUUCUUCAUCAUCACUAUCGUUGAAGGUCAUCGUCUGGAAGAUACCAACGCCUACGCUUUCACCAUGUUCUCUGUCCUUUUCGAGAUCGUGUCCGCGUACGGUACCGUCGGUCUGUCUCUCGGGUAUCCAACCAUCAAUGCCUCUUUCAGCGCCGAAUUUGCAACCCUGAGCAAACUGAUCAUCAUUGCUAUGAUGAUUCGUGGACGUCAUCGUGGAUUGCCGUAUGCGCUAGAUCGUGCUAUCUUGCUACCCUCCGAGAAUCUUAAUAAGAACGACGCGGAUAGCGCUACGGUCGCGCGCGAUAGCUCUGACGAAGCUCGUCCCUAUUCGCGAUCUUCGACCAAUAGAGACAGCAACGUACCUCCUGAGGCGAGCGGCGCCUCUAUGGAUUUCAGUCCCACUGGGCUGAGGCAUAUGCGUCGGGGUAGUCAGGUCAGUACUAGAUCUGCUGCGACCAGAAGCCAGCCCCCCACAAGACGCAUGUCCAAGAUUCUGAUGAGUGGUUUGAGUGCUGGUCCUACAAUGGGUAGGAAGUAUGAUUGAUAGAUGUAAAUUUUGUACAGUUUUGUGAGAGAUCGAUUUAGCCUGGCGUUGGUUUUUGGAUGCUUAUAGCUCAAUUUGUUAUGGCUCAGGAUAGAAAGUGUAUUUCACAUUCCAACAUGCACAUUUUCCGUCUA